ACUAAUAAUUUUCAUUUGGUUAUCAACACUGAUUUUUGUUUAUAUUUUUUUUAGAAAAUAUUUGUAAAAUGGGUGCAAACAAAAAUUCAGAUCUUCAAAAAUGUGGCGAAAUAUUAAUUGAUAUUAAAAGAAUUAAACAUAAAACAAAAUCUUACACAUAUCGUUGUGCUUUUUGUAGUAUUGAUUGUGAACAACUUAAAAAAUUUAGCAAGCAUCUCGAAGAUAAACAUUUUCGAAAUUUUGAUCAAGAAUUGAAAGAUGUUCCAGUACAAAUGGAGCCUGAAAUUUCAAAUCCUUCAUCCGAUCGUGAGGAUUUUAAAAUGGAACAGCGAAUAUAUAUUGUUGACACGAAUCACAAUGCUGUUGCACCAAAUAAUUCCAUUGAGACUAAUGUUUAUAGUGAUCCCUUAAAUAUGCUAAAAAUAGAAAAUAAGGAUUUACUAACAAUUAAUAAGAAAGAAAAUGAAACAUCUUAUUUAGAAGCCAACAUGAAUGCAUCUUGUGAGGAUUUAGAAAGUGACAAUGAUUACACUAUGAAUUGUAAUGAUUUCAGUAGUGAAACAGAAGAUGAUAACAGUACAAAUUGUAGAAAUAAGAAAAUCAAAGAUGAGCAAAGUUCUAAAAAGUUGAUCAAAAUACCUAAGCAAUAUACUUCUGAUGUUGACAGUGAUAAUUCAAAGGAUUCCGAUUUUAAUGUUGAAAAAGAGCUAAAUUCUCACAAAAAGACCAAGAAAUCCAAAAAAGAUAAUAAAAAAGAAGCAAAAACUCCCAAAGAAGCAUCGGAAAAGGAAUCAGUUGACGACGAUGAAUAUCCAUUAUCCAGGCGCAUCUACAAAAAAAAUUUGCCGCUUUUUAUUGAACAAUACAAAAAGCAUGAAAUUCUUUGGAAUGUAAAUAAUAUUGCUUUUGGAGUUAAACCGAAGAUAUUAUUAAUACUUGGUAAAAUAGCAGAUGAAAUAAAGGUACAUCUAAAAAGAAACAUAAAUGUUCAUGGAGUACAUACAAACCUUAAGUAUUUAAAUCGAUUAUUUUCCAAAGAUAAAAAACAAGAAUUAAUAUGUAAAAUGGAAAAUAAGGAAUUCAUUCCUGAAUCUGAUUUAUAUACGAAACUGUCAUUUCUCAGCGAAAGUCAAGGACCAUUUUUAUGUUCCAUUUGUAAUGAAAUUGUAACAAAAUAUGACAUCUACUGUCAACAUAUGGCUGAACAUAAUGGUACUCCGGCUUUUAAGUGCACAUCUUGUGAAAUGACAUUUGCUAAAUUUGAUAAAUAUAGAAUUCAUAAAAAACGUCACUUAAAAGUUUACAACUGUUACUGUAAUGUGUGCGGCAAAGGAUAUCUUUAUCAAGCAGAAUUGGACUAUCAUUUAACUUCACACACCGGUUUAAAGCCAUUUUUAUGUUCUGUAUGUGGUGAAGGAUUUAGAAGUCGUAAUCAUCAUGCUGUUCAUAUGUUACGUCAUGAAAAUCGCUUUCGUUACGAAUGUAAUAUAUAUAAAAAAGGAUUCAUGUACUUGCAUGCUCUUAACUCCCAUGUAAAAUGUCAUCUUAAUAUUCGUGAUAUCAAAUGUAAAAUUUGUAAUAUGGGUUUUACAGGUAAUAAAUAUUUAAAACGACAUGAACAGAAGUGUCACUCAAAUAAACCGUAGAAGCAUGCGUCUUUAUUUAUUAACAUUAGAAAUAAAGUCAUAAUAAUGCUCUUAAUACAAUUUAUGCAAAAUGUUGAAGUAAAUUUAAUGAAAUAUGUAUAGUGAAUAUAAUUAGAUCCCGUGCAAAAAUAAACAAAUAAUUUU